UCAUGGCUCGUCUGUGUCAAACUCUGCAUCGUGGUACAAAAGUAUAUUGUAACCGGUUCUUCACAAGCAUCCAAGGUGCGGAACAAAUGAUGAAGAAGGAGCUAUACAUGACUGGUACAGUAAUGAAGAACCGGGUUGCUGCAGCAGUGCAGAAGUUACCCACUGACAAAGCCAUGAAAAAAGCAGGAAGAGGUACCUCAAGAGAGGUUUCCACUGAAGAUGGAAAGUUGUGUGUAGUCAAGUGGAACAACAACAAACCAGUACUGAUGAUGUCUGUUGUUCAUGGUAUACAGCCUGAAGACACCUGCCAGCGCUGGGACAAGAAAUUGAAACAAUACGUGGCUGUCUCGCGACCAAGCAUUGUUCGUGAGUACAACCUCAAGAUGGGUGGAGUUGACUUGGCUGAUAGAAUGAUUAGUUACUAUCGCAUGAGUGCCCGUACUAAGAAGUGGACAAUACGCAUGCUAAUGCACUUCACGGAUCUAGCUUUAGCCAACAGUUGGCUACUCUACCGUAAAGACCUUUCAAUAUGUGGUACACCAAAGAACAGCAUCAUGCAGUUCCUUGAAUUCCGUAUGGAAGUGGCUAGGACCCUCAUGGCCCAGCAUCACAGCCAAGAAGACGAUGCAGAACUUUCAGAGCUGUCAGAGGAAGAAGACCAUUCAGCACAAGUGAAAAAACGUCCAGUGGUGGCAGUACCCCAUGUCUCAGUCCGCAGAAGGGCAAAUGCACAUCUCCCAGAGCUGAUCAGCUUGAAGAAUGCAGCAUGCUGCAGAGCAGCAGGCUGCACUGGGAGAAGCCAAGAGUGUUGUGUGACCCGUAAGGUGUUCUUGUGUAUGUAAGCUGAUCACAACUGUUACACAGCCUUUCACAAAUAGGUGUGUACAUGUUCCUAAAGAAAAGGGCAUUGCUAGUUUUUAAUGCAAAAUGUUUUGAAUGUUUUAUAAUUUGUUGUAGGCAUAUGAUGUCUUCUUGAAACUGUUUGCAGCAUUUCAAUUGAGCCAUACUGUAGCUGUGACUGUCCAAAAGGGUCAAAACUGUUGUAAU